AUGUUGAAUCAUAAAUUCCUGAACGGCGCCUGGCUCCUGCUGCUGGUGCUGCUGUGUACCUACUUGGCCGCUGCCGAUGAGGAGCCCACUCUGAUUAAGCUCGUCAAUCAGCAGAAUUUGGAUGGCGCUGGCCAAUACAAUCACGAGAUUGAGGUGGAUAAUGGCAUCCACUCAUUGGCCAAGGGCAAUGUGAAUAGGGUCGAAGGCGAAUACUUUCUGCUCAACGAGAAGGGCAAGCCGCCCAUACGUGUGACCUAUACAGCCGAUGCCACUGGCUUUCAUCCACAUAUUAAUUAAACUCGUAUUUACCAACUUGUUUGCCCGCAAUAAAGAAUACAAAAGGAAUUCAAAAUUCAGCUGAAAACGAAAUGUGAUACAGUUAAAUGAGGCGGAGGGACAAGGAGGGGCAGGCAGUUGUAAUUUAUGGGGCUCAUUACAUUUUAAAUUUAAUAAACAGA